ACACUUGUUAUAAGUCAUCCGUAUCAGUAGCUACUAGUUGGAUCAUUUCGGAAUUUAUUAACUUGUAUAACAUUUUUAUACCCAUGUGGAAUAAGAGUGGAAAUAUUAAUAUAAAUACAAACUAACCAACGUACGUACUUGUUGCACACACAUCUAAAUUUGUUUGUACAUAAAUAUUUAUGUGUAAUACCACAUUAUACAGAAUAUUUUGUUAAUCAAUAACACAGCAAUAUCAGUAAAAUGAACUUUUAUAAAUUUGAUUAUAACCGCACCGAAUGGGAGAUACCUGAUAUUUAUCAAAAAGCUCAACCAGUUGGGUCCGGUGCAUAUGGGCAGGUGAUUAAAGCUCUUGUUGAUGGUACAGAUAUGAAUGUAGCUAUUAAAAGACUGACGCGUCCUUUUCAAUCGGCUGUGCACGCUAAGCGUACUUAUCGCGAGAUACGUUUAUUGAAGCAUAUGGAUCACGACAAUGUCAUUGGGUUGCUCGACGUAUUCCAUCCCCAUGAUAAAGAUGUAACACUCAAAUCAUUUGAACAAGUCUACUUAGUAACACAAUUUUUGGAUGCCGAUUUAAAUAAUAUUAUCAGAACUCAACGACUUUCAGAUGAUCAUGUGCAAUUUUUGGUAUAUCAAAUACUUCGAGGUCUUAAAUAUAUUCACAGUGCAGGCAUAAUCCAUCGCGAUCUGAAGCCGUCCAAUAUUGCCGUUAAUGAGGAUUGUGAAUUACGUAUUUUAGAUUUUGGACUAGCUCGUCCAACAGAAAGUGAAAUGACCGGUUAUGUAGCCACAAGAUGGUAUCGUGCUCCAGAAAUUAUGCUAAAUUGGAUGCAUUAUAACCAAACCGUCGACAUUUGGUCCGUUGGUUGUAUAAUGGCAGAAUUACUUACAGGACGCACUCUUUUUCCAGGCACUGAUCAUAUAAAUCAGUUGAAUCUUAUCAUGGAAAUAUUGGGUACACCACCUGAUGACUUCAUGAAGAAAAUAUCAUCAGAAAGUGCGCGUAAUUACAUAAAAUCGCUACCACCGAUGAAACGACGCAACUUUAAAGAAGUAUUUAAAGGUGCUAAUCCACUUGCUAUUGAUUUGCUGGAGAAAAUGUUGGAACUCGAUUCAGAAAAACGUAUUACAGCAGAGCAAGCACUAGCGCAUCCUUAUAUGGGAAAUUAUUCGGAACCAAGUGACGAACAAACUUCGCCCCUAUACGACCAAAGCUUUGAAGACAUGGAUUUGCCAGUAGAAAAAUGGAAAGAGUUAGUCUUCAAUGAGGUGAAAAAUUUUAAAAGGCCUGCAUCGUUCACAAAAAUGUUAGAUGAAAUCAAGAAAACAUAGAAGCGAGGAUGUACAUUUUUUUGUAUGUAUGCUCAAAUGGUAUUAAAUGCUAAAUAUAAUGAUGAAAAAAGUUAUAAAAAAUAUAUAUAUAUAUAUGUAUAUGUAUAUAAAUUAAAAUAAUAAUGUUAAUUGUUAAUGUAAAAGUGUAUUUUUGUAGUUAUUUGUUCAUGUUUUUGUGUAUUUACUUUUAGCCAUAAAUUCAAUGUCAGUGCCUUAUUAAUAUCCUGAAAGCUAACAAUAUAUAUUAAAUUGAAAUGUAUUAUUUAACGUAGUACAAAAAUAUGUACAUUAUACCAUAUUUAUAGUAUUUGUUUAUACAUUUAUGUAAGUUUUAUAUUAUACGUAUACGUGUGUAUACUGAUCCCAUUUGUAUAGAAAGCUAACUUAUUGAUAUGAUUGUUUUGAAAUAAAAAUUUGCUGUCACCUUUUAUAUGUGUAUAUUAUAUCUUUAUUGCAAAUAAAAAUUGAUAAAAGCCUUAUGCGAUAUGGUAUAUGUCGAACUUUA